UGAGAGUGAAGUCUGACACGAGUGGUGAAACAGGUUAAAAUUUGGCACCGGGAAAAAUUCUUCACUUUCUUUCUUGGGAUAUACAAUACUAUCAAUUGGAUAAUGAGGUGAUAGUGAUCUAAAGAUUUAACAGUAGAUUUAGUUUGUAUCAUUAAAGUGAACAAGGGGAGAAUAUAAGGGAAACAAUAAGUAUCAUAAACGAUGGCUUCAAGAGAUAGUGGAAUAUCGGUGGUGGUAUGUGGCUCUGGUAACAUCAGCCAUGUAUUAGCGGGGCUGGUUGCAGGCAGAAAAAGUACCACGCUAGCAGUUCUGGUGCUGGACAGAGAGGAAUCCGAGGAAUGGUCCAAAGCAGCCAAAGAGGGUGAUUUUACUCUGACAGCUUUCGAUGCCGAUAUGAACCUUAAGGACACUCAAGUAAAGAUUAAAGUUGUAACUGGGGAUCCUGCAAGAGCUCUUAAAAAGGCAGACAUGAUUCUUCUAUCCGUGCCGGUCGAGUUGCAACCAUCAUACCUAGAAGCCAUUGCACCUCACGUAGAAGCUAAUAUGAGUAUCGUUGGUUUACCGGGGCAGUUAGGGUUUGAGCUACAGUGUUAUCAUAUGCUCAAAACGAAAGCAAAGAAAUGUUGCUUCAUAAACGUCAAUACUCAACCAUUUGCUGGGCGUAUCGUGGAAUAUGGGAAAUCAGCCAAGAUUUUAAGCCGAGAAGAAUCUGUGACUAUAUCUGUAGCUAAAGGAAACAGCAAGAAUGGCAAGGAUCCACUCCAAGUUUUACAGUACGUCUUAGGAGAGAUCCCCGAACUUCGCCUCUAUAAUAACUUCUUAGAAUCUGCCUUUAGUGACAAAUGUAUUAUCGGGCCUGCUAUAAUGUACUCCAAAUGGUCCAAAUGGGAUGGCAAACCUGUGUCGAAAAAGCCAUUAUUUUACCAAGAAUUGACCCAAGACGGAGCCAAGCUGAUCUCGGAUAUCAGUGACGAGUUAAUGCUAGCAGCUAAAGAAAUAACCAAACAGAAACCAAAGUUAGAGCUGAGUAACGCUGUCCAUAUUUUUGAAACGCUGAAAGACGAGUACCGCUAUAACAUUGAAGAUGAUAGCAGUUUGCUUCAAGCCAUUAAAACCAAUACUGCUUUUGGUAAAUAUCCCCAUCCGAUGGACGAGGAAUCCGAAGGGAAAUUCGUUCCGGAUUUUACCCACAGGUUCUUAACCGAGGACGUACCUUACGGACUUGUUAUUCUCAAAGGCAUUUGUCUUCUAGUGAAAAUGAAAACACCUGUGUUAGAUAAAGUCUUAGCAUGGUGCCAAGAGAAAAUUGGAAAGGAAUAUAUCUCUGGAAGUAAACUUGACGGCAAAGACUUGAAAGAAACCAGGGCUCCACAAGCGUACGGUAUGAAAAGUCUCGAUGAUCUUAUUACCAUAAUAUCAUAAACUCGAGUGUGACUCUGUGGCUCAAUGCUUUCAUGUUUUUGGGGAAACGGGGCAAAGAAACAGUGGACAUGUGCUUUAAAUAAUAAUUUUCAGACCUUAGGCGUUUGAAUUAAGUACAUGAAAAUUAAAUGAACACCAAAAGAACAAUAUUAGUGGACCUUUCAAAAACGUUGUCGAGUUGACAGUUGCCGUAAGAUGUUCUAAACAAGCUUGUCUGCCAUUUUUUUUUUCAAAUCGCUACAGUAUCUGUGGUAGAGUUCAAAUUCAAAAUCUUUCGACCUGGACAAGCUUCGGAAACAGCGUCGUCCACAAGCAAUCAAACAUUCUUAGAGUAAAGAUGUGGUUUUCGAUGUUGGGCGAUAGAAAUAAAUUACAUGUACGGAAUAUAGGUUUAUAUUUCGAUAUUAUCGUUAAUGGAUCCAAGUUUAGAAAGACGUUGUCAUUAUAAUAAUACUAGGAUUUAAAUUUCGUUUUCUGAUACUAACUCUUGCUCUGAAAUUUCUCUGGGAUUAUCGAAGGGCAAGGGUUAGGAAUUGCUAGUUGAUGCUGAUCAUUAUUCAUUCUUGUAUAAAAGUUCUAUUUUUAAGCUCAAAAUUUUAUUUUCUUUCAUUAUUUUAUUGAUCGCUUUUGUUGUGUUUAUUUUCAAAAUAUAAAGUUUAUAAGUAUGUUCA